AUGCACGUGGAGCACAAAAUGCGUAGUGGCGACGCCACCGGCGCAUUCAAGACCGUCGCCCAAGAUCUCAUCAAGCUCUACUUUGAUGUGUUGGUCGUCGCCGACCACGCGGGCUUCGACGUGCCUGAGUGCUACCAGCUGCUGAAGACCACAGCUAUGCUUACCUCGCGCUCCUUCAAAAUGGCGGUGGCAGAUAUGGUGGCGCUCAAGCGCAUGAAGACCGGCUUCCCUCGCUGGAGCCGUUGUUUCCCCCGUGUGUCCGCCGCCUUCAUGCCGAAGAGCAUGGGAGGAGGAAACAUGGCUUCAAAGGCACCUGCUUCCGUUGUGGCCAGCACGUCUGCUGGCGGUGCUGCUGGCGCUGCUGGAGGUGCUCCUGGUGCUGGUGCUGCUGGAGGUGCUGCUGGCGCUGCUGGAGGUGCUGCUGGUACUGGAGCUGCUGGAGGUGCUGCUACUGCUGGCGGUGCUGCUGGCGCUGCUGGAGGUGCUGCUGGUGCUGGUGCUGUUGGAGGUGCUGGUGCUGCUGGAGGUGCUGCUGGUGCUGGAGCUGCUGGUGGUGCUGCUGGCGCUGCUGGAGGUGCUGCUGGUGCUGGUGCUGCUGGUGCUGCUGGAGCUGCUGGAGGUGCUGCUGCUGCUGGCGGUGCUGCUGGCGCUGCUGGAGGUGCUGCUGGUGCUGGUGCUGCUGGAGCUGCUGGAGGUGCUGGUGCUGCUGGCGCUACUGGAGGUGCUGCUGGAGCUGCUGGAGGUGCUGCUGCUGCUGGCGGUGCUGCUGGUGCUACUGGAGCUGCUGGAGGUGCCGGUGCUGCUGACGCUGCUGCUGGAGCUGCUGGAGGUGCUGCUGCUGCUGGUGGUGCUGCUGGCGCUGCUGGAGGUGCUGCUGGUGCUGGUGCUACUGGAGCUGCUGGAGCCGCUGGUCCUGGAGCGUGUCCCUCUGCCGUCUCCUCCUGCGUCCUCUCUUCCUGA